ACAUAUGUUUAAGCCUUUCAAGAUGAAGAGUUUCCUCAGUAUUAGUUUUGUGCUUUUUUUAUUUUGUUUAGUAGAUUCAAAGUCUUUGAAACCCAAUAGUUUUAAAAAGCGAGUAUUUCAGGAUCUCUAUGGAAAACUCAACCCAAAAAUAACGGGAGAUCCCGGAGAACCUCUCAUAUUAACCGACUUGAUUGAAGCAGGAAAACUGGAUGAAGCUCAAAAUAAAUCACUUGUAGAAGGAUUGGACACGGAUAUUAAAAGUUACUCUGGAUAUUUAACUGUUGAUAAAGAACAUAAUUCUAAUCUAUUCUUCUGGUUUUUUCCUUCACAAGGCAAUGCCAGUUCUGAUCCGGUAAUUCUAUGGCUUCAAGGAGGACCAGGAUCUUCUUCCAUGUUUGGACUUUUUAAAGAAAAUGGACCUCUUCUGUUAAAAGAUGGUAACCUUGGUAUUAGAGAGACAUCUUGGAAUAAGAACAACUCAGUUAUAUACAUUGAUCAGCCAGCUGGAACUGGAUGGAGUUUUACCACUGAAGGAUAUGCUUCCAAUCAAACUAAAGUAGCUACUGAUCUUUACGCAGCUUUACAGCAGUUUUUCACCCUAUUUAAUCAGUACCAACAUCAAGACUUUUACGUUACAGGAGAGUCUUAUGCAGGGAAAUAUGUUCCCGCUAUAAGUUAUAAAAUUCAUCAAGCAAAUCCGGAAGCCAAGCUAAAAAUUAAUCUUAAGGGUUUAGCUAUUGGUAAUGGAUAUACCGAUCCCAUUGAGCAGAUUCAUUAUGCUGAGUAUGUGUAUCAACUUGGACUCAUGGAUUUCUAUACUACAAAUCUUCUAAAACGAACAGAGCAGAGUGUUGUAGAAGAAAUUCAAUCAGAAAACUAUGAUGAAGCAUACGAUUUAUGGAGUGAUAUCAUAGACACUAUACAACAAUUUACAGCAGUAGACAUAUAUAACUAUUUGACAGUUAAACGUAGUCAGGCAGAUGAAACAGACUUAAAUGAAUUUUUCAGUAAAGAAGAGGUUAGAAAAGCAAUUCAUGUGGGCAACGUUGAUUUCAAUCAACCGGACCAAGUUUACGAACACCUUCAACAAGACUUCCCUAAAUCAGAGGCAUGGAAAGUCGCAGAACUUUUGAAAUACUAUAGAGUUUUAAUCUACAGUGGACAAACAGAUCUCAUGAUCCCUUAUGCUCUGACUGUUAACUAUUUGCAAAAGCUUAAAUUUCCAGGUUCCGAUGAUUACGCAAAGGCAGAAAGAAUUGUAUGGCAUGAUGAUGACGAUAGACGAGUAGUUGCUGGAUACGCGAAAACAGCUGGAAAGUUAACGGAAAUUAUGGUUAGGAACGCUGGUCAUAUGGUACCAGCAGAUCAGCCAGAAUGGGCGCUACAACUUAUCACUAAAUUUACAAGAAACAUUACUUUUCACUAAAUGUCAAAUAAAUAACAUUAACAGAAAUUUCCAAAAUUGUACU